AUGGUGCUUCAGAGGAGUACUUUGCACAAGCUCCUGACUGGUCCCUGUUCUGAGAGUCUUCGACUUCAGCACAGAAGGCAAUUUGGGAAAGUAGCGUCGGCAAAGGAAAGCCGAAAACAAUCGUUUGAUAUAAUUACACGGAGCCUAUGUUCCCCGCCAUUCUCCAAGAAUCCGAACCACCGCCGGUCCUCCAGCACCGCCACCGUUGAAAUCGGCGCUGCUCUUCUCUCUCAGUCAAUGCUUACUUUUCUCAUGAAAAACAAACUCUUCUCUCUCCUCCUCUUCUUCUUCCUCCUCUUCGCACCAUCACCCACUUUUUCCCUCUCCUUCCCUCUCUCCAACUACGGCACUCUCCUUUCCCUAUCCCACUCGCUCGCUGUGCGAGUUGCCAACCUCCGUGCCUCACGAGGCGACUUCGCGGGCUCAGCCCGUGCCCGAACUAUAGCGCACAAAAUCGAGUCAGUUCAGGGACUAGGCCUCUGGAAAUUCACUUGGAACCUCGGUUCGGACUAUCUUAAAAAUUACGCCUGGCGGGAUAUCAAUACGGUCUCAUUAACUGACCUCUCCUUUGCCGUUUCCGACCUUAACGAGUUGCUCAGGGAGCUCAACGAGUUGUCCCGAGUCGGCUCUGAUUCCGAGCGAGUCGCCUGGGUCGGCCGAAACUAUAAUAGAGUCUUCACCGUUUCCAGGUCGCUGUUUGAUAAACUCCUCAAAAUAUUUCGACAAUCGGGACCCUUUAGGGAAGUUGUUGAGACAAUGCAGAAAGAGGUGGUGGAGGGUGACUUGUUAAGGGACUGUCUUGAGUUAGGUACGAAUGACUUGAAGGGCUUGAUCCAAGUUCUGAGGGACAUGGCUGCACAGUAUACUGCCUCGACAUUUAGCAGAACUGACUUGUGAUCAUCUCAUGUUUGUGAGUUUAUGGGAGAACAAUUCAGGGUUUGAAGACACCUUUUGCUUGUGUAUGUCUAUCCUGUAGUCACUUCAAAAUGUUAUCAAAAAGCAGUUUUGGUUGUUAUUAAGACUUCUACAAAAAAGCUUGGAGUAAAUGAAAUGAUCUACUUGAGUUUUAAGAUUAUGCUUGAGCUUUUGUAUUUUCACAGUUAUGAGAAUGUUAUCAGCAGAUUAUGAGUAUAAAUUCCAAGCUGUUUCAUGGAGUAGAUAACGUUGAUCAAGUCGAUUUACGUGCCCUUAUGAAUCAGUUUCUUUAUAUUCUUGCCCUUAUCAUUCAAGCAGAAGUUGUUAAGUUUAUGAAAAACAUAAAGGAGCAAAAAAGGGAAUCCAAUUUUGGAGCUUCAUGGAACAUGACUAUAAGUUUUGCAUCAGAUAUUUGGGGCACUUCACUCAUGGUUUUGAUCGAAUUUGAAGUUCUGAGUUCUUCUGAAAUGUUUAUGCCGAAUUUAAGGGCAGCAAUUUUACUGGCAUCAUCCACUCUGAAGGAAGGUUUGUCUUCUAGGAAUGAUAUAUUGGAAGUAUGCAACUCCUUAUCCUAUUUCAUGAAAUAGUCACAUAACAUUUCAGAGGGAAUUGUAGAUUUCUAGAAAUAAGUAUUAAUCUGGGAUGUGUGCAGCUAAAGAUGGCUUCCAUAGAGCUCAAUCACAGAAACCAUUUAUACAAUAGGUGUAUCUCUUACUUGGAGCUUUUAAACUGUGCCAAUAGCUUCCCAAGGCAGGGGAUGGAGUAUACUCUUGCUUGUGGGAUGAAAUUAGUACAGUGGGCAACUUUCAGAAAAUAGCAAAGGAAGAAAGCUCCAACUUUUCACAAACAAGAAUGGCGAAAUUCCUUACUGAACUGGUACAAUAAAUGGGAAAAACACAUUUCUGCAUCCGAUGAUGUCAGAAUGGCUCAAGAAGAUAAGGUAAAAAGCAGAAUUCUGAACUAAUUUUAGAAGUGGAACAAAAAGCCACAAAUCAUGUGGCAUAGACAACCUCUUUGUGUUUGCCUAGUUUUGUAAGUAGUCUUCUUAUCACCGAGGGUAAACUUGGAGUUAUGUUACUUUCUCUUUUUCACUAUAGAGAAGUUAAAUUUUCCUUUGUUCCAA